UUUUGUUGAUGAAUUUUUUAUUUUUUUCUUGUCUGAAUUCUAUCUUAAUCGUUCCUUUCUUGCAGACUAUUCUGGUAAAAGCUUUUCCGUUUUUGGUGAUUUGUGAGGAAAUUUUGUGUUUGUUUGUUUGCUUUUUUUGGCCGAUUUUUUUAAUUCUCAAUUAUUUUUCUCACUUUAUCUCUUUAUUCCUCAAUAUCCCUCCACCCCUACAUACAUAA